AUGGCAGGAUACCAGCUCUGGUCACCGUGGACUCCACUGGACGAGAGCUUCCAAUGGCUGCGGCACACGACACCUACACCUUCCUCCAAGCACCCGUUUAGGGCCUCCCCCUGCCUCCCACACACCCCUUCUGACCUUGAAGUGCAGCUGUGUUUUCAAGAGGUCACUCUGGUCCUAGACAGCCCAUUCCUGGAAACUGGAGUGAGCCCCAAGUUACCGUGUCACACGUCAGAGCUCUGCACGAUGAGCACCAAGAAAGGACUUGUCAGGAAGCCCCAGCCCGUCCGCCUCAGUGGCGUGGACUCUGUCUUUGGCAGGGUCAUCACGGCUCAGCCACCCAAGUGGACCGGAACCUUCCGCGUUUCAGAUAAGUCCGCCUUUUGCAAAAUCAUCAGCAGGGAGCACCAGUGGCCCACGGGGCUCAAGGAGCCCCAGAUUGAGAUGACAGUGACGAUGUGUAAACAGAUGCUGCGCUCCAUCCUCCUGCUGUACGCGACCUACAAGAAGUGCACCUUUGCCUUGCAGCACUCCAAGUGA